GUUCUUCAAUUUUACAAAUAGAGAGUGACUUAACAGUCAAACCAUUCAAACAUUAGUUUUCUAGUGAAUUAUAUUGUAAAACAAAUCACUGCGAUAUCAAUGUUUGCCAACAUUAAUAUUAAUUACACAUAAUUUCUUAAUAUUAAGCAAAUUUGAAAAUCCGAUUGCAAAAUGCCUCGACCCGUGUCCGCACAAUCACGUAAUGAACAACGAAUGCAAGAAAAGGCCGGACGACAGGCAGCUCUGGCCAAAGAUCCCAUCGAAAGACUUAGACUUCGUUGCCUACAAAGGGGUGCCUCAGGAAUACUGGGUCUCGGAAAGACAUUCCGUAUAAUGGAUGACAACCAGAGCGGAGACUUAACUUUAGACGAGUUUACUAAUGGGUUAAGAGAUAUGAGUUUAGAUGUGACCGACGAUGAGAUCAGCGAUAUGUUCAAACAGUUUGAUAGGGACGGCAACGGAGCCGUCAAAUACGACGAGUUCCUCAAAGCUGUCAGACCACCGAUGAAUAAAACGCGUCUAAAUUUGAUUGACUUGGCGUUCAAGAAAAUGGACAAAACUGGCGACGGAGUGGUCACUCUCGACGACUUGAAGGGUGUCUACAAUACUAGAAGUCAUCCGGAGUUCCAAAACGGACAGAAGACAGAGAAGGAACUGUUCGAAGGCUUUCUCAAGAAGUUCGAAGAGGGAGGUUCUGUCGACGGAAUGUUAACGAAAGAUGAAUUCACGGACUACUACUCAGGAGUGAGCGCUUCUAUCGAUGAAGACAUCUAUUUUGAUCUAAUGAUGAGACAGUUGUUGGGCGUAACGCGAGAGUCAACGCGCGAUGAGAUCUCGCGUGAGUACCGAAAGUUGGCCCGAAAAUGGCAUCCAGACCUCCAUCGCGGCGAAGAGGCCAAAGCCGUGGCCACCGAUCGCUUCAGACAAGUGGCCAACGCUUACGAAGUGCUCAAAGAAGAAGAGAGUCGAAGGGAUUACGACUAUAUGGUCGACAAUCCCGACGAAAUGUAUGCCCAUUACUAUCGAUACUACCGGCGUAUGUAUGCGCCCAAAGUGGACGUUCGCAUCGUUAUUGUGGUCACAAUUAGUAUCAUCUCUGGCUUCCAAUACUAUGCAAUGCACUCGCGAUAUAAAGAGGCCAUCGAUUACUUCCUAACUGUUCCUAAGUAUAAACUUAAAGCACAAGACAUCGCAAAAACGGACGGACUUUUAGGCAACACUGCGGCCAAUAGGAAGAAGAAUCGGUUCAGAAGUAAAGAUGACAUCAGAAUAGAAGAGGAAAACGUUUUGAGGAAAAUAAUCGAAGAGAAAAUGGAUAUAAAGGGCGGCUAUUCUAAGCCCUCCUACAGACACGUACUGUGGGUUCAGUUGGCAUUUCUGCCGCACACUAUAGUAAUGUAUUUGAUUUGGUAUUUCCGGUGGAUUUGGAAAUACAAUGUCAACAAAGAAGAGUUCGGCGACGAAGAGAAGAAGUAUAUCAUUAGAAAAUCGAUGAGUUUAUCGCAACUCCAAUGGGAAGCGCUCACUGAAGAGGAGAUCGACGAGUAUAUGGAGGACGAGCUUUGGAUCAAAGAGAAGUUCGACGUCUGGAAGCGGAACAGAGACGACGAGCAAAAGGCUCAGUUGGCCGAGAGUUCGAGUUAUAAGCGCUAUCGACGUUACCUUCGGAAAGGAGGUCCCGGACAGAUGACAUUCCUCGAGGACUAGACCAACCAAUUCGUCACCUGAAGUGUUAUAUUUACAUAUUUUAUAAAUAAUGUCUUCCUUUGCAAUACAUAUAAAGACAUAAAAGACUAGUCGAGUAUCGGAUCAGAUAAUGUUUGUCUUGAUUUCAAUAAUAGCGUUCGACUCGUGAGACGGCAAUCAUUUGUGUCCCAAUUGAUAGUUUCACACAAAACCACUGCUCAUAGCUAUCGGUGCUAAUCGAUGAUUGCCUCUCAUGUUAUGGUUGAGCACUCAAUCCAAUCGUCUAUUCUUUCACUACUCUCUAAAUUUGUUUUGCAUUUUUUUGUUGUCUUUCAAUCAAAAGUCUUGUGAAUCUUUGUUUUAUUGUCUUUUUUAAAUUUUUUAUUUUAAACACAAUUUUUCUCUUAAAUUAUUGAAAC